UUUCUUGAAAUGGAGUGUCUGAUGAAAAAAGAAGAGCCUUCAUCUAACGAACUCAUAAAAACACUCGAAAAAAAUGUAGCGAUCUUAAAAAUAGAAAAUCACUAUAAUUCAAAGGUCAGUUACGAAUUGGAUGUUAAACUCGUGUAUUUCCAUAACGUAUCACGUAGUCUCGCGGAUAAACUUGAAUCUUUAUGGAAAUUAGCUGAAGCGCAUCAACCAACGGAAAAUGAAAUAAAACAAUUUGCUGAUCAAAUUGCAGGUUUAUGGACUUCUAUAAAUCGUCAGAUUUGUGAAAAAUAUUCUAAAAUACGAAUGGGUAGUGGAACAUUGCACGGAGUGCCAUUAUCAAUAAUUCUUAAUAAAAUAAAAAAAGAAAUUAUUCUAUUCAAAGUAUCAUUACAACGUCAUGAAUCUAUUUAUGAUCAAGAACAUAUAUUAAAAGGAUACAAGCUAAUUACCAAAAGUGAAAAAUUUAUAAGCAGCUUACAAAAAUGUGAUAGCAAGUUGCAACAACUUUUGUGCAUAUCAAAUAUUAUGCCACGUCUUAUAAAAUUACAAUCUGCAAUUGAUAAAUAUGUUACCACUAUUGAAUUACUACCUAGAAGUUUUCCUGCAUAUGAUUUAAGUGCCUUUGCAUUAGUUACAAAGUUAUUGACUGGUGAAUUACUUGGUUAUGAAUCAAUUGAUCCUAGUUAUGUUCUAAUGGAAAAUAUGCCCAAAAAGCCAGUUUUUAUUAUCAAAAACGUUAAACGCAAAUCAAUUCAUCCAUAUUAUCCUACAUAAAACAUAUUUAAUAUAUUUUCAGUCUUACACAUGAAAUAUUUAAAAUGUUUCCAAAUGAAAUAUUGUAUCUAGGACAAUGUACAUAAAUAUUAAUAGUAAAUAAUGACUUUAUAUAAUUAAUUAAUUAUUAUUUUUAUUUACUUAAUGACUGAUAUUUGGCAACGUGUUGCACACUGGGCAAAUGGAAUUUACAUCGAUAAAAGUAUACAAGUCCUUAUCAAUACUAUACACAAUAUAGCUAUAUUAAUUUACAAUAUACAAACAUACAAUAUUUGAAUCCUGCUAAGCAGAAAAAUAUCUUAAAUACCACAGUUCCAGAAAUAGUGAAAAAUAUGGAUGGCGUAUUUUUAUAUAUGUAAAAGGAA